UGGCAGCGGGCGGGGAGGGCGGAAGUUACGUCAUCGCGCUGCCGGUGUGAGUAGGCGGGGCUUCGGGUCUCCUUCCAGGGAUCUCUGCGGACCGUAUGGAAGCAAAGACUCUUGGAAUUGCAACGCCCAGAAAACCUGUCUUAUCUGUCAGUGCAAGAAAAAUUAAGGACAAUGCAGCCGAUUGGCAUAAUUUAAUCUUGAAAUGGGAAACCCUCAAUGAUGCAGGUUUUACCACUGCAAAUAAUAUUGCCAACCUGAAAAUCAGUUUAUUGAGUAAGGACAAGGCACAAUUAGAGAGCAGCAGCCCAACUGAUGAUGAAAAUGAAGAAAAGAUGUAUCCGGAAUACAGUGAAGAACUGGAGAUGCUGUGUGAGGAGUUGCAGGCCACCUUGGCUGGUCUGACCAAAAUACAGGUGAAAAUGGAAAAGCUGUCUUCAACUACCAAGGGAAUUUGUGAACUAGAAAAUUACCAUCAUGGGGAGGAGAGUAAACGGCCCCCUCUGUUUCACACGUGGCCCACAACUCAUUUCUAUGAGGUUUCCCGCAAGCUCUCUGACAUGUACAGGAAGGAGCUGCUCCUGAAGCGCACCGUAGCUGAAGAGCUUGCACACUGCUCGGACCACGACCUCACCCUGAGCUACUUGUCCAUGUGGCUGCACCAGCCCUACGUGGAGAGUGACAGCAAGCUGCACCUGGAGAGCAUGCUGCUCGAAACGGGGCACCGAGCACUGUGACCUCCCAGAGCAGCUUCACUUGGGAGCUUGGCCUCCAUGCUCGGGCCUCUGGCUUCUUCCCCAUCUCCGCAGAUGGACAGUUUCCUGUGUGGGGCCCAGGGCUGCACCCCAGGAUCACACAACCACCGGCCGCUUCAGGGCCUUCCAGGCUAGAGCAUGUCCCUGGCUCCCAUGGCUUCUCCAGGCAUGUUCACGACAUGGCGGCCUCCACCUGCUGCCGCCUGCCAGUCAGCCUUGUCUGCACCUGCUGUGAAUCUGUCCUUCGUGAGUGCUUCUGAGUGAAAUAAAUGAGUUCCUGGACAGAAUGA